AUGAAAAUUCGUAGUGCUCUGGUUUUGACAGCUUUAGCGUCUUCUCAACUAUCAACAACAUUUGAUGAAUUACCAAAAACGUUUUCACCGAAUGAAUAUCAAUAUCGUCAACAGACAAUGCCGCUUAUCAGAGAAUACACAAGUCGAGCAAAAGAUAUGGUUUACAGGUUUAAGGAAAAGGUGGGUUGUCCAGGUAUUUCUGUUUGUGUCUCCUUGUCAGGAAACAUUAUUUACCAAGAAGGUAUUGGAUAUGCUAAUGUUGAACACAUGGUACCAGUGAAUACAAAUACAGUGUUUCGAAUUGCAAGCAUUAGUAAGCCAUUCACUUCUUUAUUGGUUGGAAGAUUAUUGGAUCAACAUAAAUUGGAUCUUGAUGAGGAUAUUCGUUUGUAUUUACCUGAAUUCCCUGAAAAAAUAAUCGACAAUAAAUAUGCAAAAAUAACUGUCCGAUCACUGCUAAAUCAUACCAGCGGUAUUCGUAGUUAUAAAAAGAAUUCAGAUGGAAACAAAGUAUCGAAUUAUCCAGAAAUGUUGAGUAAUAUUCGUUUCAAGGAUACACUAAAUGCUUGUGAUAUGUUUAAAAAUGAUCCAUUAGUUCAUGAACCUAAUGUUCAAUUCACCUAUAGUACAUUUGCAUUCACAUUAUUAGCAGCUGUUAUUGAAAGGGUGUGUUUAUUAAAGGGGGGUUUAUUUGAACAAUCAUCUCCAACAGUUAAAACUGAAUUGGAUACAUCUGAUAAAAAGGGAAAGGAUACAAGUGAUAUACCAAAAUGGGCAAGAUUUGAUACUCAACUACUAAGACUAUUUAAAUAUCUUGGUUUGAAUAAUACAAGUUUGGAAUAUCCUGAAAAGAUAACAUCAUCAAGAGCUGGUCAAUAUUAUCGUUCAAAGAAAGGUGUACUUAAAAACACUCCUACAAUUGAUAAUUCAUAUAAGUGGGCUGCAUUGAUUUACAUUGGAUGGCUUGAUUCUUAUGGUAUUGUAAGACAGUCUACUUUGAAUCAAUUAUGGAAAGUCUCAUGUGUACCACCAAAUCAGAAUACAUUACCGGGAUUAGGUUGGUUUUUAGCUAGGCGUUCAGGUGACCCAGCUACCGUGGAAAAUGGUUAUCCAGAUCGAUUAUACGCAUUACACACUGGUGGAGCAGUAGGCGGUACAACUGUUCUUCUUCUUAGCUUACCUCUUUUUUUAUCAAAUGAAACAAAUAAACUGAAUAGUAAUGAUCAAAUUCUAUCUAUCAAAAACACUGAUUGUAAAGAUAAUCACAAUAAGUAUCCAACGGAUAUUAGAGUGAAAUCAGCAAAUAUACCACCAAUUAAUGUAGCUAUUCUAACUAAUUUAGAAAAUGUUUCCGGUAUCUCUGAAUUAGCGAUUCAUUUAGCUGAAUUAUUUCUAGACUAUGCUUUAAAAGAGGCCAUCUAA